AUGGCAACUCACAAGCCUCACUUAGAUCCUAUUCUCAUGGGUGAGGCAAAGAUUCUGGUUGAGGUUGAAUUGAGUAAAGCUUUUCCAACAAAGAUUGCUGCUGGGGAUGAAAGCGGUUUUAUUUCUAUGGUAGAUGUGGAAUACGCUUGGUUGCCUAGUAAGUGUAGUAAGUGUGGUCAGCUUGGUCACAAAAUAAAACGUUGUCUACAAACCGGAACUGGUUCACAAGUUGUAGCCACUACCAAGGAGGUUGUCACAGAGAAUGUCUCGGAGGUUGGCACUGUGAUGGGAUCCGAUUCUACCUCUGUCCCAAUAAAUGCUUUUCAAUCCUCCAUCUCAGCCACUGUUACAAGCCCUGAGGUAUUUCUUUCAGAACCCAUUGUUUUGCCAUCUAGUGAAUCAGUUUCCAUUGAUCCAACUUCGACUACUAUCACCGAAGAGGCUUGUCUAUCGGUUCAGACAAGUAAGUCCAUUUUAGAAACUAUUGAAUCUCCUCUUCUAGAGAUUGCUCAAAUUUUAUCUUUCCCUGCUUCUGCUCGUGCUUCUAUCACUGUCCAAAGGGAGAGUGCAACUCAAGCUGAGCCAUGUCUUGGUUCCAACCAGUUUGCCUCCUUGGUUUCUACGGAUGGAGGAGAAGAUUUGAUUGAUGAUGACAAGACUCCUUCAGGUAAAAGAAUUCUUCGAGAAAGACCGGUUAAACCGUCAACCAAAGCUAAAGAAAUGGGUUGGCAAACCAUUGGUGGUGGUGGAAGAGGUAAUCGUGGACGUGGAAAACGAGGUGGUCGUGGCUAG